GCAACUUCCGGGGUGAGUUCCAGAAAGACAUGGUCACUUUUUCAAAAAAACGCAUCCGUAAUUUCUUUAAAAACAAUGUAUAUAUAAAAUGUUAAGCUUAAGACGGGGGGAAAUUUCAUUUUGAUCCUUGAAAACCGUUAAUUUAAGAAAUAAGCAGAAUCUUUCCUUAAAUUACACACAUAACCUUCUACACCUUUGUCGUCUGCUACAUCUAAACGCCAUCAAGGUUGUUUACAUGUGGAUUCAAAACACUCAAACAGCUGAGAUGACAUUACUUUCAAGAUGUAAUAUGUCCAGCCUCAGGAGAGUGAGGAUGCCAAAGUGUUUAACCGUGUUCAAACGCCUGCAGCACACUAUUGAAUUAUCCGACAAGCAAAGGCAGCAGCUGAAAGCUCUUCAUGGGCUUCCUAUAGUACAUACUCCUGGAUAUGUGUGUCCACUUCCGUCUGAACACAGAUUUCCCAUGCAGAAAUUUCAUCGUGUUCUUCAUUAUCUAGUCGACGAUGGCGUAAUUGACCAGCAGAAACAAGUAAUUGAGCCGCAACAAAUAUCUGCUCAGAAUGCCGAAUGUGUACAUACUUCUGAAUAUGUCAGCAAGUUUUUCAAUGGAAGAACUACAGCAGAUGAGCAAAGAGCAACAGGGUUUGAAUGGAGUCAAGGCCUUGCAAGUCGUGUGAGGUAUGAAACAGGUGGAACUUUACUUGCAGCUGAAAUAGCACUAGAAAGAGGUCUUGCAUGUAGUACUGCAGGUGGCACCCACCAUGCAUUUCCUGACCGAGGUGCUGGAUUUUGCCUGAUAAAUGACUUAGCAGUUGCUGCUCAGCACCUAAUAAACAAUGGAAAAGUGAAUAAGGUCCUUAUAAUUGACCUAGAUGUUCACCAAGGAGAUGGAACAGCAUUCAUUUUCCAAAAUAGUGAAAAUGUAUACACCUUUUCAAUGCAUUGUCAAGAGAAUUUUCCAUUUAGAAAACAGCAGUCUGAUUUAGAUGUAAAUCUUCACAAAGGAGAUGGGGAUCAAGAAUUCUUAGCUCUGUUACAGGAGCAUCUUCCAUUUGUGCUGAAUUCAUUCCACCCUGACCUUGUGCUGUAUGAUGCUGGAGUGGAUCCUCACGCCUGUGACAGUUUGGGUUACCUGAGGAUGACAGAUAACGGGCUAAUGAAGAGAGACCGAUAUGUUCUAGACUUGGUUCUAAAACAAGGGAUUCCCUGUGCAACAGUAAUAGGUGGUGGCUAUGACAAAAUUUUGGAUGAGCUUGCGAAAAGGCACACAAUCAUACACAGAGCAGCAACAUACAUUUUUAAAUCCAGAAGACUGUGAUGCAAGAAUAAUAACAAUGUGAUAACUUAACAAUAU